UCACGUGCGACAGCCGAUUCUUCUCUUCCGCAUGGAAUUGCCUUUUGCGUUCUCUCUACUGAGAAUCUUGCUGAAUAUUUGUGGAUACGAACCGAUUCUGGAAAUCCUCUCGCUCCAGUGGAAGGGUUAGGAAGUGAAGUGUAACAGAGAAAAGUAUAAGCCAAGUGUUCGAUAGGCUAAGUCAGCUGUCAGAGGAUUCCACAGAGUGACAGGAAAUCUUUGGCGGAGACAGUUGCACCAUAUUUCUAACUCUACAGGAUAUCAGCUAAGUAAGAAAUUGUUUCCUGAUAUUGCUGGACAGCAGUAAUACGUUGCUACCAGCUACGACUGCCAAGUGAAUAAAAACACAAGGCUGCUGCGUGUUAAAGUGGAGAGCGAAGGCGAAUGUCAGAGUCCGAAACUUUUGCAGCAUCUAUCCCGCGGGAGGACGACGCGACGACUGGAGGAGAGGUCACUGACGAUUAAUUAUUUCAAAAGUGAAUGAGCCACGAGGGUAGCAUCUGUUCUGGCACGAGGUCAUCCCUUAAUGUUACUCCGCUCGGGAGGGCCGAUCCUCAAUGAGAUUUCGAGCCGCGAACGACCUAACUGAUGAGUUCACCACUUCCGGUUACUCAUGUUUCAUCUCAUCACCCAGGGGGCAGAUGCAAAGCGAAUUUGGAACGAGGAUCGUUCGUCUGACCAAGGGAUGAAAUUGCUGUGCGAGAGAAACUGGAGGGACGAUUCGAAGGUAGAGGAGAGGACUCGCCAGCAGAGUCAGCUGCCCACGCAAGGUUGAGGAUAAGGGCAGGCGGGAGUCACGAUGAAUUGUCCGGUGACAGAAGGCGGGGAAAUCGCAGUUGCUGAUCCAUAAGGACGAAGUUCAACGUCGUUCCUGUUCGAUAUAUCGAAUAUCGAUGGCGUGUCGCGCGCGUAGUCCUUGUUUAUGCGAACCUUAACGUGUCACAAGGCUGUGGCUUCGGAGCGUCCAAGCGUCGAAACGGCACAGCACAGUGGAGGCGAGUCAGGGGGGCAGGAAGGGGCAAGGGAAUGGCAUGGGGUAAACCUAUGGCGGUAGCGAUGCUAGUGGCGACAUGAAGCGUUGGAAAGGUGGGCAAAGGAGAGGAAUGGAGGAGCAACAGCGAGUCAGGUUCAUAAUAAGCAUGGCUGGUGUCUAUGAAUAGCCAACGGUUUGCUGGGAGGAAAACACCGUAAAUAUUCUUGUCUCUGUGACCUUAAAAGUUGAACGUGGCAGUUUAUCGAAGCGUGUCCAGGGAUUCGCAAAGAGUGAUGGCCCAGGGGACCACCGGACGCAGCUUUUGGGAUGAUCGUCUCGGUACGGCAAAUUCGGUGAAACGAAAGUGGGAGGGCUGGAAAGGUCAUCGGAGGUCAGAGUGGAAAUAAGAAAGAGGGCAAAGUCGCGUUAACCCAAAUGUGAUCGGAACCGUGUCAUUGUGCAAGGGUGCAACCUUGCUCUCCUUAACGCCAGUGACCCCUGCGAGCGGUGAGGUCAUCCUGGCUGGCCAAUAAAUUAACUCGCUUCGUUAUUAUGAUCAUCGACCGCGAAGCGUUUCUCAUUGCGCCGGAGAUAUAAAUUAGUGUUGAGCUUUCAUGGCGCCCUUGAACUUCUGCUUUUUUCAAUGCCCUUAUAUUCCUAACCUUCUCGGCUUUUCUGCCAUUAAUUCUGCCGAGUAGGAGACCCUUGCGAGUCUAUUGAGUACCCAAAACAACAGACUGUAUAUUCUUCUAGAGGAAAGAAAGAGAGAGGGUGUGUGUCUUUUCUUUUUACUCUCCUGAUAUUCCUCCCUUUCGAAAUUCACAGUUCCAGAUUCACCCCAUUCGGUGGCAGGGCGCAGUCAGACUUCAGUUCAAACUAAAUAUUUGCUCAGUAGGUGCCUUGAAGUCGAAACACAGGAAUACGUAUCCUUCCCUUCGGAAGACCUACAACGUGAGAAUGGGCCUGAAGAAAAAGCCCACGCUAAGAAAAGGACUGAUCAGAGAGGGAGAGAGGCACGUAGUGUACGUGAUCUGUCAAAAAAUGCCGAAUGAUGUUUGUAGAUGACAGUCCUGACGGUCCUGGGAUUCGAACGUAAAACGAGAGGAGGAAGAAUACCGACCUAAUUAUCAUUUCUGAUCAAUCGAAUCAUCCCUGUUCCUCUAAUCCCUUUUGUGUCGAGAUAAACUGGGUUUUAGUGCCUGAGAAACUGUUAGUUCUUGGCAGUUGGAUUCUCUCUCUUUUUCUCUCGUACGUUUUGCAAUCGUCAGUCUAGAUUCUAUAACCUCCCGUGGAAACGCAACAGGUGAACCUGGCUGCUCGUCAUUUUUAACGCUGGGCUUUAAUGUUCUAGUCGUAUCUGAUCGAAUCGAUUGCGUCGGAGACGAGAAACGUUACGUUCGUCGGCCGAUUCGAAUUUUAUGCGUUCAACUAAUAAAACUCGGGGAAAUCUACAAACUAUAAAAUUCUCGAUUAACAAAGCAAUUCUAGCAAUUACAACUUGCGUAACUUGAUAACGUAUUUCCUCCAAGAAAAACAAAUCUUCAACCCCAUCCUCGUUAUUUUCCUUUAUUCCAUUUAGCAGCUCUAGAAACUUAAAAAUUCCUCAGUCCGCCGUAACGGCCAGCACUGUCGCCAUCUGUCGGCAAGCAAACUAAGUUUCCAUUUCGCUCGAGCGUCGAGAUCGCAAAUUAGUUCUGUUCAGAAAGACAGAGUUCUCAGGGAAAACAGAAGAGACGCGCGUCAACGAUCGGCUAACUUUAUGGGAUAAAAGUUCAGUGAGGAUUCGCAUUAAAGAGUUUCACUAGUAUCCUUAUACACGAGCAACAAAGUGGAGCCUGAGAGCAACGACGUUACGUAGUUGCCCGGGCGAAUGACGUGGAGAAGUUAUAAAGCGAAGGCUGCGCCGCGUAUAAUAGAAUAGUCUGUCGUUACGUAAAAAGAAUAAAAGAGGUGUAAAAGUGGAACGAAGAGGGUAGAAUGUCAGAGAGAAAAAUGAGAAAUGGAGUGAAGUCGAUUUCCAAGGAGCAGCAGCAGAAGCAGACUGGCUCGUUUCCAGGAGUUUUGCGGAAUCGUGCAUGGCUGAUGUUGGCACACGGGAUGGCUUUGCUAGGAAGGUCUUCGCUCUGUCUUUGGCCAUAGGACUAACCUCUUUCGAUAAUGGAAAAGUUUCUGGCGAGUCUAACACAUGCCGUUUUAUUAUUCAUUCGCUGCUCUUGUAGCCGUUGUCGCAAUGGCCUUUUACUACUAAGAGUGCUUCAAGAACGAGUAGUAAUAAAUAAAUAAAAGGACCGUGUCCUGAGAACAAUGACGCCCGUUUGUCCACUACCAACCACGGAUCAAAAGGACGAAUUCUAGAAAUUGAUCAUCCUUAUAUGUACAUCCACUACGUAUUGGAAAUAUAGUUAGCGAAGAAACCGAUGUCCCGACCUUCUCCUCAAAUUUGAGUUCUUCUAUUCUUCGCGUCGAUCAAUCGUACCGUUUUCAUGUUUCCUCGUGUCAGUGAAGUGACAUGAUGGCUAAGGGAUGGCAAGUGAGAGAGAAGGGGAGAAGACAGAUAGCCAGGAGACAAAAUGGCGCAAGAACAGUAAAGUGGAACGCUCCUUCGCGAACCGCAGCUCCAAGCCCUCCCCUCCAGCUAUUAAUUUUCUGAAUAUAAUGAAAUCCAGAUAGCGCGGCGUUUAUUCUAAUUUAAUGGGGUAAACUUUGCAUAUUAUCGAAAUAAAACCUGAUUCGAGGAAAAAUAAAUCUGGAAUCGAUGGGAAUCCAUCGAGUCUAAGAAUUUAAUCUUUUUUUUUUCCUCUUGGAGAAGUACAAACUACUCGGUUUACUUGACUCGCAGAAAUAAAGGGCAACUCUCGGUAGACUGUCUAGCCGUACUACCCCUCCACUUAUAUCUCGAGGGCCAGGCCUAUCAUCCAACCUUGAGAAACGUCACAGACUCCAUUAGAGACAUGGUCCACUGUCUCGUGUCCUUUGAGACCUGGUCAAUUACAGUGACUGUCACACUGGUCGAAUCUGUAAUGUUACCAAGAUCUCCUGUCAAGGACUGUACAUAUGUAUAGGCAACUGUUGUACGUAGGCUGCCAUUGAGGAGAAACUGAAAUGGGAGUGGGGGGUCUUAUGACAGAAGCCAAAAUUCAGCUGGUCCUAUUCAGCUGGUCCUUGCGUUCCGGUCUGAGCGGAAUUGCCGUUUGCACGUAUAGAAACGUCAAUCGCAGCGUGAUUCUCAAUGGCUGAAGUAAUUAGUUUCGAGCCUGUGGCGAGCCACCGGAAGUCUAGUGAGCGUUGCUGUUCAGGAUCGCUGGGCGAGGGAAGCGGAGGAGUCGACUGGGCGGUGAGGUUGCUAAGUGUACCGGGUGAUUCGAUGCUGAAAGGAUCCUGAGGAAGGAUCGAAAAGGAGAGGAAGAAGUUUGAGCAGAGAUGAGAAGACAGAGAACAGGAAGUGAAAGCGGAAGCAGUGGUAGCAGCGGUAUGAUGACCUGAUGAGUCCGCUCGGUGAGGAAGCUGAGGAAGAAGCUGACGAACGGGCAUCAUGAACGAGAGUGACGUCUACCUGCUCGGCUGGGAGGAGGCGAUCCUCGAGCUCAACAGAAGCUUCUACAACGCGAGUUUUCCAAGCAACAGGACCCACAACGAACUCUGGAAUUUGGCGUCGGAGAGGGCUGCCCUAGCUAUAAUCCUCUUCCUCUUCUCCGUGGCUACGGUCUUUGGUAACAUGCUGGUUAUCCUGGCAGUCGUGAGAGAACGCUACCUUCACACUGCUACCAAUUAUUUUGUGACGUCACUUGCAUUUGCCGACUGCCUGGUGGGCCUGGUCGUGAUGCCCUUCAGCGCCAUCUACGAAGUCCUGGAGAAUCGGUGGCUCUUCACUACAGACUGGUGCGACGUCUGGCGCUCCCUGGACGUACUAUUCUCCACUGCAUCGAUCCUCAAUCUCUGCGUGAUCAGUCUGGAUCGAUACUGGGCCAUCACUGAUCCGUUCACCUACCCCACGAGGAUGAGUAGAAAGCGUGCCGCCAUCCUCAUCGCCAUAGUCUGGAUCUGCUCCAGCGCCAUUUCCUUCCCUGCCAUAGCCUGGUGGCGUGCUGUUCGCACCGAAGAGGUCCCCAAGGACAAGUGUCCCUUCACGGAACACUUGGGCUACCUGAUAUUCUCAUCUACGAUCAGCUUUUAUCUACCUCUGUUCGUGAUGGUCUUCACGUACUACAGGAUAUACAGGGCGGCGGUCAUACAGACCAGAAGUCUGAAGUUGGGCACGAAGCAGGUAAUGAUGGCUUCCGGUGAGCUUGAGUUGACUCUUCGUAUACACAGAGGCGGCACGACGAACGCCGACGCCAGGCAUCUCUUUCGCACUGCGUCCAGCACUCCUGAGGACCUUCAGGACCUCGAGGAGCCGUUGACGGCAAUUCACAAUAAUGGCCUCGCCAGGCUACCAUCCACCAGGCUCAAUAACAAACAGCAUCUCGGCAAGAACUUUUCUCUUUCGCGUAAGCUCGCGAAAUUCGCGAAGGAGAAGAAGGCUGCGAAGACUCUUGGUAUCGUGAUGGGCGUUUUUAUAGUGUGUUGGCUUCCCUUCUUCGUGGUCAAUCUGUGGUCGGGAUUUUGCACCAGGUGCAUCUGGCAGGAAGAAAUAGUCUCUGCUGCGGUCACGUGGCUGGGAUGGAUCAACAGCGGCAUGAAUCCUGUUAUCUAUGCCUGCUGGAGUCGUGACUUUCGACGAGCCUUCGUCAGGAUCCUCUGUGUAUGCUGUCCGCGAAGGAUGCGACGACGGUACCAGCCUGCCUUCCGGUGCAAACCCAGUCAGUACGUGUCGGGAAUGGGAACGGGAGGGCAGGCGAGCAGCGUGAGUUACAGCAGCGUGAGUCAGAGCAGCGAUGGCGGAAUCUGUGUGACCGGAACCGGCGGACCCUCUUCUGGGGGGAUGUGACGUCACGCAGGGGCCCGUAGCGGGCCGCGCAGAGACCGUGCCAUUCGUUUCCGGGACACGUGAUUGUAGGCCACAAGUGUCAAGAGUACCGGAAGCAGCAUCAUCGCCAUUGCCGAUGCCAAUUCAAAUGCCAGUUGCGACUACUGCGGCUGCAGCAACAGGCGACCGACUGUGAUAGUCGAGAUUCAGAUUGAGAUCCGCACCAGUGUCCUGGACCCGUCGUCGGAUUAAUCCUCCUGGGACGAGGACAGUCGCUUAAGAAGCCAUCCGAACCGGAAAUAGAAAACCAGGCUGGACGCCGGCGUCGCGACGAUCGAUUUCAUGCGGCCAUAUCACGCGCAUAAUUUAUUCGACGCUCGGGAUUACCCGGACGGCCAGGAUGAUGCUUUUUAUUUUUUAUCAUUACAAGCCCACUCGGAGGGGAUGGAGCAAAUGAAAUCCGGGCUGCCCGUGCAAUUCGAAUUGUUUUGUGACAAGAUUAAUUAGACGUGGGGAGGGUCGACAACUGGGUAUUAAACAAAUUAUCGCAAUUGAGCAAUCGUGAAAUCGAACCACCCCCCUGACUGAUUGUCGCUUUAUAAAUCAAGAGAAUCGGGGGUGUAGAUGUAUAAAACAUUGACGAUCCUCGUUCGGUAGAAGCAGUCGGGUAUACCCGGGUCAGAGGGUAAAACCAUGAAUGAUUAAAUAAAUUGAGCGAGACGCAAUCCUAUGGGAUAGGUCUUGACUGUUGUAGUCUCUGAUUCGCAACCCUCUCCUACAUACCAUUGAUAGGUCAUCGUCAGGUGCAUAUAGACGCAGGCCAGGUAGUCAUCUUGUUCUCCAUUAAACUAGGAAACAAAUAAACAGCAUGCAGCAGGACUCUGGACCAUUAAUUAACAUGGAGCUGCUAACGCACUGCAGUCUGUAUUUUCCAAACAAAUAUUUAUCAUAAAUUUGAAUCAGAAAUGGGACACGAACGGUUGCAGCCAGUUGUGCAGUGGAGUAGAAUUUCGCAUACAUUUUGUUUUUUCAAAAUAAAUAUAUACCAAAAUACACAAA